GGGGCGCAGAUUCACAGAGGGGCCGAGGCGCUGGGACCCUGGAAGGUUUCUCGCUCUUUUUUUUUUAAUAUUCUCCCUCACUGUCGACAAGUUUUAAAAUUCACACCAAGAGUGUCCAGUGAAAGUCCGGCUUCUGGUUUAAUACCAGCCGAUGCGUUCAGCAGUUUCCGGAUAAUUUGUUGUUUUCUGACUUUUGACAGAGGUCGUUCACUGAGCGUAACAACUGUUCCAGAGCACAGUUUGGAUUAUUCAGUGGACGUGUGUUGGUCAGGGCAGCUUUACUUCGUCUGAGACAGACUUCAUCUAAAAGUUUGGACUGCUGUCAACGCACACUUCUCCGUGUCUUCUAGGUAUGCCUGUGGACAUCAGUGUGUCCCCGGACAGGUAACCAGGUGUGUUGCUGCCGUCAUGGCCUUGCCAAACCUGCGGCUGUUUCCUGUCACUGUGAUCACAGUCCUGGUGGCGCUGGUGUCGUCUUCAGGAGACCAUGAGUGGCACUUUAACCCAGCUCAGUGUCGUUACGCCCUGGGGAUGGAGGAUGGCACCAUCCCAGACUCUGACAUCACUGCCUCCAGCGCCUGGUCAGAUUCCACUGAGGCCAAACAUGGAAGGUUGAGUACUGGAGAGGGGGAUGGAGCGUGGUGCCCUGCAGGAGCUGUUUUCCCCAGUGGAGCAGAAUACCUUCAGAUAGAUCUGCGCAAACUCCACUUCCUGGCUCUAGUUGGUACCCAGGGUCGUCAUGCCGACGGGCACGGGCAGGAGUUUGCCCGCAGUUAUCGGCUCCGCUAUUCCAGAAACGGAGUGAAAUGGAUUACCUGGAAGGACCGCUGGGGCCAGGAAGUGGUGUCAGGGAAUGAGAAUACCUAUGAUGUUGUGCUGAAAGAUCUCGGCCCUCCCAUCGUGGCCCGCAUGGUGCGCUUCUACCCGCUGGCCGACCGGGUUAUGAGUGUUUGCCUUCGGGUGGAGCUCUAUGGCUGUGUGUGGAACGAUGGGUUGAAGGCUUACACAGCUCCAGUGGGUCACGUCAUGCACCUGUCUGGCAUGCCUGUUUAUCUGAACGACUCCACCUACGAUGGGGGCUCUGAGCAAGGGAUGCAGUUUGGAGGCUUGGGUCAGCUGUGUGACGGCGUCCUGGGAGGAGACGACUUCAUACAAACCAAAGAGCUAAGGGUUUGGCCUGGGUAUGACUACCUGGGCUGGAGCCGCGAAGCCCUUGGGCAAGGCAGCGUGGAUAUUGAGUUUGACUUUGAGAAACCACGUGUCUUCCACAACAUGCAGGUGCACAGUAACAACCGUCAUACUCAGGGCGUCCGAGUCUUCAGCAAGGUCGAGUGUCUUUUUAAGCCCGGCAUCCUCCAGCAGUGGUCCCCCGAGCUCACUCUGCCCGUGCCCCUUGAGGAUCUUAAAGACCCCUCCUCUCGACCCAUCUCCCUCCCACUGGGUGGCCGGCUGGCUCAGAUCCUCCGCUGCAAAUUCCACUUUGCUGACCGCUGGCUGCUCAUCAGCGAGAUAUCUUUCCUCUCUGAGCCGUUUGAGGAAGACGUCACAGACACUGAUUCAUUUCUUCCUAAUCUUCCCAAGAUUCCCACCACCAGCUCCUCUCCUCCUCCCGUCAACCACACCUCCUCCUCUCCCACGUCGAGCCACAGCUCCUCCAACACCACCACCACCACCAGCCCAUCUGAACCCCCCACCACCACCUCCUUCAUGACGGACACCACUGGUAACUGGACGCUGUCAGACGCAGAAUUUGGUGCCAACACUCCGAGGGCGGGGCUUCCUGUAGCCAAGGAUGACAGCAGUAAUACAGCUAUUCUGAUUGGCUGUCUGGUGGGCAUCAUCCUGCUGCUGCUGGCUGUGAUAGCUGUCAUUCUGUGGAGGCAGUACUGGAAAAAGAUACUGGGCAAGGCCCAGGGUAGUCUAUCCAGUGAUGAGCUGCGGGUUCACCUGUCUGUCCCCUCGGACAACGUGGUCAUCAACAACACACACAGCUACUCGAGCCGCUACCAGCGCAUCCACACUUUCCCUGACGACCGCGACCAUGACAGAGAGGGAGAAGGAGAGUACCAAGAGCCCAUCGCUCUGCUGCGGCCUAGGGAUCACAGAGACAGCACAGAUCACAGGAAAAGUUCGAGACCUCUUGUCGUCUCCAGCCCCACUCAGGCUCAGGAAAAGAGCCUCAAUGUGCCCCAGGCCUGUGGUUUGGACAUGGAGAAGGGUUUCCCCCUGACUCAGGAGGAGCCUCCUCCCUACCCUGGCUCCCCUCCGUACCCCUCCCUGUCUCCUCCUGUGUCCCCCCCACUGCCUCCCAGCGUUCCUCAUUACGCUGAAGCAGACAUUGUGAGCCUACAGGGAGUCAGCGGUAACAACACCUACGCCGUGCCCGCCUUGGCCUCCUCAAGCCCCGGUGCUGACGCCGCCCCGCUGCCAGAGCUGCCGCGCCAGUGUCUCAUCUUCAAGGAGAAGCUGGGAGAAGGACAGUUUGGAGAGGUGCACCUGUGUGAAAUUGAAAACCCUCAGGACCUUCCCAACUUGGAGUUCCCCUUCAAUGUGAGAAAAGGUCGCCCUCUUCUGGUAGCAGUGAAGAUCCUGCGCCCAGACGCCUCCAAGAAUGCCAGGAACGACUUCCUGAAAGAGGUGAAGAUCCUGUCUCGCCUGAAGGAUCCAAACAUAAUCCGUCUGCUGGGAGUGUGUGUGAGCAGUGAUCCUCUCUGUAUGGUCACUGAGUACAUGGAAUGUGGAGACUUGAAUCAGUAUCUGUCUCACCGAGUGCUUCUGGAUAAGACAGGGCCUUCACACAACACCCCGACCAUCAGUUACCCUGCUCUCAUCUCCAUGGCCAGCCAGAUUGCAUCGGGAAUGAAGUUCCUCUCCUCCCUCAACUUUGUGCACCGGGACCUGGCCACACGUAACUGUCUGGUUGGGGGUGAGAGGGGUGAGUGCGGAGAGGACCGGGGCGGUGAGCGUCACAUCAAGAUAGCUGACUUUGGCAUGAGCAGGAACUUGUAUGCUGGAGAUUACUACAGGAUCCAGGGCAGAGCUGUGCUGCCAAUACGCUGGAUGGCCUGGGAGUGUAUACUCAUGGGUAAGUUCACUACGGCCAGCGAUGUGUGGGCAUUUGGGGUCACUCUGUGGGAGAUGCUGAGCGUUUGUCAGGAGCAGCCAUACUCCAACCUCACAGAUGAGCAAGUCAUUGACAAUGCUGGGGAGUUCUUCAGAGACCAGGGCAGACAGGUGUAUUUGAGCAGGCCAGCUGUGUGUCCUCAGGGUCUCUACGAGCUUAUGUUGAGCUGCUGGAACAGAGACUGCAAGCUCCGCCCGUCCUUUGCCGACAUCCACUCCUUUCUUACUGAGGAUGCCAUGAACAUGGUGUAAAGAGAGAAACAGCACCACGACAAAGGCAGCGUUAAAGAGGGGAAACGUUUUGUACGUUUAUGCAGCAAUGCUACGGUGGGAAUGUGUGGUGGAGGUGCUGCACAGGAGAGGCAGAUGAGAAAAGAGAGUGGGUUGCUCACUUUGAUAUUUGUACUUUUUUGGGUGGCUGGGGCUGAGACACCGCUGGUUCGGUUUAUUUCCACAUCAGACCCCCGAUCCCAAAUCCAACUCCAGCUUUAGACAGCUAACAGUCUGAGCUACAUUUCACAGGUGGUGGGUGCAGUCUGCAUAGGAACUUUCUCUCUUCUCAGUUACUUUAACAGACAAGGAGGGUUUGUGUGACUGGUGAUUAAGUGCCGUGGAGUUAAUGACACAGGAAGCUGCAGAGGCUUAAUGACAGAAAAUACUCCAAACUAGGAAGCUGGCAAAUGAACGGUUAUUAAGUUUCAUUACUUUUAGUUAUCCAUGUUGUUGAAUGCUACAUUUAGGGUUACAGGUGAUGGUGCAUAGGACACACAAACUUCUCUAGACAGCACACCUAUGGGUCAAACAUGAAAGUGCACACACAGGGAUUGUCUUAGUAUUUAUAUCAAUCAAUCAAUCAAUUUUAUUUAUAAAGCCCAAUAUCACAAAUCACAAUUUGCCUCACAGGGCUUUACAGCAUACAACAUCCCUCUGUCCUUUGGACCCUCACAGCGGAUAAGGAAAAAAGUAUGUAUGUAUAGGCUACUGUACACGUUAGUCUAAUGCAGUAUGAUUACUCCACACUUCAGCCCCUUUUGCCCAUCUAAGACAAAAAAUGAUAGUUCUGUAAAAGUCUAUGAAAAGAUUCAGACAUGGCUGAUUGCUGUCUAGAACAUGAGUGAUCUCACCAUGUUUGCCGACCCCUCAGCAGUCCUCUGUCUCAACCCCAAAACCGUACACGGUGACCCACGUCCAUAGCUGUAAUUCAAAGGACUAAUGGUAAAUGAUGUGGACCAGACAAGAGCAGCCCCCUUUAUGCAAUGCAUCAAGUUAGCUCUCAAUCACCGCCCACCCCAUUGUAGUUGAAAAGCCCAAGCAGUUUUUGAACCCCAUCGUAGAGCCACAGAGAGAGGAGCUGUGUCCCUGGUGCCAAAUGGACUUCUCAAACCUGAGGAAACAGGCACAGAAGAGGAGGAUCUGCUGCUGCCGGCGAUAGGCGACCCACAAACUGGAACAGCUUUUCCAAGCAGAGAGACAAUGCUGCCAGCCGGAGCAGUGGACGGGACAUCUUCAGAUGCGCCUGCUCAGGUGUUUUGGCAAUUUCUUUUGUAUCUGGCUGCAACCCAGACACAAAGGAUAGACGUAAAAUUCCACAACCAGCUGCACUUUAAAUCCUCCAUGCAUAUCCCCGGCCCUGAUGAAACUCUUCUCUGUGAGGGGGCCUGAUAUGAUUCCUGUUGAUGUGGAUUCUUAUCACUUGUAGUGAUUUCAGUUAUUUGCCAAGGGAGAUAAAAAUUCAGGACAGUCUGUCUGCCUUGUUAAAUCCUCCCCCACAAGGCAUUGCCAACCAUGAGAUGUAAAAUAUUAUCUAAAAAAUGGAAUGGCACCAUCAGUUCAUCUCAUUUUAAUUAUAUAACAACCUUUUGUUCGGUGUGUCAAGACAUGUUUACUCAUCGAAUAAUCAAUCUUUGCUCAUCUAAUUGCAUUACUGUACUCUAAAAACACACAGUUAAAGGGUAAUUGAGUUUUUUCCAACCUGGAGCCUAUUAUAUCAUGUUUUUGAGUCUGAGUGACUAAUGGGAACAACAAUUUUGAAACUGGUUCUGUAUUAAGUGACCACUAAGGGCAUUUGUGCACCAUCUAUUUAGGUCGACUAAAGUGCUUGUUUUUUCAAUUAACAGGCGGCGAAAGGAUCCCUACAAAGGACAUCCUUUUU